AUGACGGCUCGCCUGAUGCUCGCCGUGGGAGGAGCGGUGCUGGGUUCCUUGCAAUUCGGCUACAACACCGGUGUCAUCAACGCUCCGCAAAAGGUGAUCGAGGACUUCUACAACCGUACCUGGCUAUACCGAUAUGAGGAACCCAUCAGCCCUGCCACCCUCACCACGCUCUGGUCCCUCUCUGUCGCCAUCUUCUCUGUCGGAGGCAUGAUUGGAUCCUUUUCCGUGGGGCUCUUUGUCAAUCGCUUCGGACGGCGCAACUCCAUGCUGAUGUCCAAUGUUCUUGCCUUCGUAUCUGCUGUCCUCAUGGGCUUUUCAAAGAUGGCUUUUUCCUUCGAGAUGCUCAUCCUCGGCCGUUUCAUUAUUGGCCUCUACUCCGGUCUCACCACUGGUUUUGUGCCCAUGUACGUGGGCGAGGUGUCACCCACUGCACUGCGGGGCGCGUUGGGGACUUUCCACCAGCUUGGCAUCGUCUUGGGCAUCCUCAUUGCACAGGUGUUUGGUUUGGACUUGAUCAUGGGAAACGACUCGCUCUGGCCGCUGCUCCUGGGGUUCAUCUUCGUCCCUGCCCUGCUACAGUGCAUCAUCCUGCCCUUUGCCCCCGAGAGCCCCCGCUUCCUCCUCAUCAACCGCAACGAGGAGAACAAAGCCAAGAGCGUCCUCAAGAAGCUGCGGGGCACGACGGACGUCAGCAGUGACCUCCAGGAGAUGAAGGAGGAGAGCCGGCAAAUGAUGAGGGAGAAGAAGGUCACCAUAAUGGAGCUCUUCCGUUCCCCCAUGUAUCGCCAGCCCAUCCUCAUCGCGAUUGUCCUGCAGCUGUCCCAGCAGCUCUCGGGGAUCAAUGCAGUCUUCUACUACUCCACCAGCAUCUUUGAGAAGUCUGGCGUGGAGCAGCCCGUCUACGCCACCAUUGGCUCCGGUGUGGUGAAUACAGCUUUCACAGUCGUUUCGCUCUUCGUGGUGGAACGAGCCGGACGCAGGACCCUCCACCUCAUCGGCCUGGCGGGGAUGGCAGGAUGUGCGGUGCUCAUGACCAUUGCCCUGACGCUGUUGGACCAAAUGCCCUGGAUGUCCUACCUCAGCAUCGUGGCCAUCUUCGGUUUCGUGGCCUUCUUUGAGAUCGGCCCAGGCCCCAUCCCUUGGUUUAUCGUGGCAGAACUGUUCAGCCAAGGCCCUCGUCCCGCUGCCUUUGCUGUUGCCGGACUGUCCAACUGGACCUCGAACUUCAUUGUGGGCAUGGGCUUCCAGUACAUUGCGCAACUCUGUGGCUCCUACGUCUUCAUCAUCUUCACAGUGCUGCUCGUCCUCUUCUUCAUCUUCACCUACUUCAAGGUGCCGGAGACGAAGGGUCGGACCUUCGACGAGAUCGCUUCGGGUUUCCGGCAGGGGGGAGCGAGCCAGAGCGACAAAACCCCGGAUGAGUUUCACAGUUUGGGCGCCGACUCCCAGGUCUAA